UCUUUAACUAUUGAGGCUAAUUCAAGGACCCAAACCGAAGCCGGUGCUUGCUCUCUAUAUAUAUAGAAAAUAAAGAUACCCUUUUGGGUUUGUAGUUCACAUUUCUUCGUCUAUAUAUACCAAAACUCCUCUUAUCACUCUCCCUCACAAAACAAUUACACCGUCUUGUUUUGUCAUCAAUUCUCCAUCUCAUUUCAAAGAAACCACGAAACUAGUUUGAUCAUCCAUUAUUUACAUGGCUUCUUUCAAAUUCCCCUUCUUUCUCUUCCUUUCUUCUCUUUUCCUCAAUGCUUCUCUAGCUGAGAUUAUAUGCGAAGAUCUGCCCAAAGAUGUGUGCGCGUUUUCGAUAGCAUCUUCGGGGAAGAGAUGUUUGUUGGAAACAUCGGUGGAAAAAGAUGGGAACGUAGAGUAUCAAUGCAAGACAUCGGAGGUGGUUGUGGAGAGAAUGACUGAGUAUAUUGAGACUGAUGAAUGUGUGCGUGCUUGUGGUGUUGAUAGAAACUCCAUUGGCAUUUCCUCCGAUUCCCUUCUUGAGCCACAAUUCACUGCCAAGCUUUGUGCCCCGGCUUGCUACCAAAAGUGCCCCAACAUUGUUGACCUUUACUUCAAUUUGGCCGCCGGCGAAGGAGUACUUUUGCCUGAUCUCUGUGACGCUCAGCGGGCCAACCCUCGGCGUACUAUGGUCGAGCUUAUCUCGAGCUCCGGCGCCGCCCCUGGCCCUGUUUCUAGUAAACCAGCAGGACCAUUGGCUGCCGGUGAAGCUCCUGCCCCAGCUCCCCUGUGAUGAUCAAGUCGCUUUCUUCAGUAAUGUUUUCAUCAGAAUUACCUUGCUUCCAGGAAUAAUUUAGAGAGAAUUUUAGAGAGAAUGUAUUCGGGGUUUGUUUAUACGAGUGGAGUUUGCUGAGGGCUAUGGUGUAGGGGGCAGCAGGGGGCAGCGGUAGCCAGCAGGCAGCUGCUUUUUUCCUUUUCAUUAUUUUUCUAAAACGAGCAUAUAUGUUUUCCAUUCAUUACAAAUUAA